AUGCCUCAGACCCUCAAGCUGGCCAGCAGGGCUUCCCUGCUCACCCGGGGCUUCCCAGAGAUCUGGGCUGAGCUCGGCUGCAAGGCACCAGCCAGGGUGAUCAAGACCCACAAGACCCUGGAGGACAUGCCAGGACCCAGCGCCCUGGGCUUCUUCACGGAUCUCUUCUGCAAAAAAGGGCUGGCCAGGCUGCAUGAGCUACAGAUCGAAGGCAAAGCCAAAUAUGGGCCGGUGUGGAAAGCCAGCUUUGGGCCGAUCCUGACUGUCCACGUCGCGGAGCCCAGCCUGAUCGAACAGGUGCUGAGGCAGGAGGGAAAGCACCCCAUCCGCUCCGACCUGUCCUCCUGGAAGGACUACCGGGUGUGCCGUGGCCACGCGUACGGGCUGCUCACGGCAGAAGGCGAGGAGUGGCAGAAGAUCCGCAGCAUCCUGGGCAAACACAUGCUGAAGCCCAAGGAGGUGGAGUCGUACACGGGGACCCUGAAUGGCGUGGUCAGCGACCUCAUCCGCCGGCUGCAGCACCAGCGGAGCUGCCACCAGCAGCACGUGGUCAAGGACGUGGCAGGCGAAUUCUACAAAUUCGGCCUGGAAGGCAUCUCCUCGGUGCUCUUCGAAUCCCGCAUCGGCUGCCUGGAGCCGGAGGUGCCCAAGGAGACGGAGACCUUCAUCCGCUCCAUCAACCGCAUGUUCGUCAUGACCCUGCUCACCAUGGCCAUGCCCAAGUUCCUCCACCACAUCUUCCCCAAGCCCUGGAAGAUCUUCUGCGAGUCCUGGGACUACAUGUUCGCUUUCGCCAAGGGCCACAUCGACAAGCGAAUGAGCGAAGUGGCAGAGAAAGUCUCGCGGGGGGAGACGGUGGAAGGCAAAUACCUCACUUACUACCUCGCCCAGGAGAAGCUCUCCAUGAAAUCCAUCUACGGCAACGUGACCGAGCUGCUGCUGGCCGGGGUGGACACGAUCUCCAGCACCCUGUCCUGGAGCCUGUACGAGCUGUCCCGUCACCCCCGGGUGCAGGCGGCGCUGCACGAGGAGAUCACCGGGGUGAUGAAAGGCGGCGCCAUCCCGUCGGCCGCAGAUGUGGCCCAGAUGCCCCUGCUGAAGGCGGUGAUGAAGGAAGCGCUGAGGUUGUACCCAGUGAUCCCCGGCAAUGCCCGUGUCAUCUCAGACCGAGACAUCCAAGUGGGAGAAUAUCUCAUCCCCAGGAAGACCCUGAUCACGCUGUGCCACUACGCCACCUCCCGGGACGCCCGCUUCUUCCCUGAGCCCGACUCCUUCAAGCCGGAGCGCUGGCUGCAGAAGGACGCCUCGCACCACCCCUACGCCUCCAUCCCCUUCGGCGUCGGCAAGCGCAGCUGCAUCGGGAGGCGCAUCGCGGAGCUGGAGGUGCACCUGGCGCUGGCCCGGAUCCUGAUGCAGUUUGAGGUCAAGCCAGAGCCGGAGCGGGGCCCGGUCAGGCCCAUGACCCGCACCCUCCUGGUGCCCGAGAAGGACAUCAACCUGCAGUUUCUGAGCCGCUAACGUGGGCGGAGACGGAACCUCUGGCGCCGGGGCCGGCCGAGCUCCCCGUGGGGUGACGGGCCCCGUCCGAGCGGGUUGGCCCCAGAUCAGAGUCAAGGAAAGGAGGGGCUGGUGCCUCGGAGCACAUGCGCUCAUCCUUGCUCGGCGGGAUGGUGCGUGGAAAAAGAGCCGUAUAACAAAUCUGGGGGGCCUGGCGUGGCUUCGUACCCACUCCCCGCCCGGGCUGGCCUCCCUCCUGAACCCGGAGUUCCCGUGAACUCAGAGCAAGGCGG